ACCAAUCGCGACAAAGACCAUCUCAAACCGACGCUCGUCAUCAGUCUUGAUAUGUGUAACAGAACCAGGAUUUGCCCGCUCUAGAUUGUAACAGUAAAGUGGUAGUUCUGCGAACGAGUCUCUGCUUGAUCCUUGUAAAAGCUCUAGUGCCAGACUUUUUCCACGCCAAGCUUGACUAGUGGUUAUCUCAACUUGGAAUCUUUGUCUAAAAUCUUUCACUAUUUCUUUACAACGAUAUAUUCUUCCACUGUCUUUUAAAGGUUCUUUUAAAUAAUGAGCAACAACAUUUGGGUUUGCCUGACGAACAUGUGGGUACGUUAGCGUCUUCGAGCACGUGUGUUUAUCGUUAAAACUCUUAACAAAAAACACCCCACUAUCUCCAAAACUCCUUGCACGGAAACGCCAACCGCAACCGCCGACCAAACAUGACACCUGGUACCGACUUUUAGAGGAUCUAUCUACUUUAAACUCAAAGUGUUCUAACAAACAUUUUUUUCCCAAUUCAAGUUUCAUGUCUUCUUUGUUAUUAAAUACGUGACCUGGUUCAAAAGUAAUUGAUGAAGAUCGCGAACAAUUUUCAAAAGAAUUAUCAGGAUUUGGUUGGGAGUCGUUUACAACGUCAUAAUUUUCUUCAUCAGCACAAAAAUUUAAAUCAGGAACUAAAAAUUUUUUUGGAGUUGAAAAACUAGAUGAUCCAACACCAAACCCUUCAAUCACAUAUAAUUUAUAAAUUUCAAAAAUAUUUUCCAUUGCAAAAUUAUAAAAAAUUGCAAGAUCUUCAUCGUUUAUUAUAUCUAUGGGAUCACUAAAGGAAGACAACCGAUAAGAUAACUUCGUAAUGUUUGUAGAACUACAAAUGUUUGACAAUUUACUUAGAAGAGCAGUGUAUGAAAGGUUGGGUUCAAUUUCUAAACCACGUCUACUUGAAUCAGCAUCAGCAACAUACUCCAACUUUCCGUUAACGAUUUCCCACUUUCCGCCAUUGUAUACAACCAAACGAAUCUUCAUAAUUUUAAGUUGGAAACUUCCUUUUACAAAAUGCUAAAUGUUUUUAUAACUUUAAACAAAUCUGUUGCACAAACAAAUAAAAAAAAUAUAGGGAAAAAUUUAUAACGGCCACUCACUAAAUAUAAAGGAUUGAAACGGCCUGAGCCAGCUGAAACGGCUCGAACCGUAUGUUGAAACGGCUCGAGCCAUCUGUAACGGCUUGGAGCCAGCUAAAACGGCUUGGAGCCAGCUAAAACGGCACAAGCAGUUUACGGAAACGGCUCGGAUGACAGCUGUAACGGCUUGGCUAGAUCGUACGGUAACGGCUUGGCUACCUCGUAAGAACGUGGCUUGGCUCGUUGAAGGAACAUGGCUAAGAUCUUUCCACAUGAGCCGGUUGUAACGGCUUGGCUAAGAUCUUUCCACAUUAUCAGCCACGUGUCGUUCACUGCUUGCUUCUCAAGCCGUUACAUGGAUUGUCGGACACGUGUCAAACGGGGAGUGGAUGGCCGUUAAAAAAAAUUCUUGUGCCGUUUCAGGAUAUUGAAACGGCUCGGCAAGGGGUGUCCGGUGGCCAUUUUCGCAAAGACGGCGUUGCAGUGGCCAAUUUGAUGAUUUUCCCAAAUAAUAUUGAGUCUGCUUUUUAAAGAAAACAAAUACAAAUUGACAAUUUUUAUAUUAAUAUAACGCAACACACUCCAGAAUUCAGAUCUGCAACUUAGGAUUCGGUUGUCAUUUAAGCUUCACCUGUUGCAUCUUUUAUGGGGUUUCUAAGUCACUUAUUAAUUUAAAAUACCCAUCACUUCACUUGCAGAGAUAAUGGAAGAAUAGUAUCAAAUCUGAUCAUAUAGUAUAACACCCUCCUCCACCGGCACCGUCCAACCACCGAUCUCCGUCAGUAAAAUGGAAGACACAGAAAGCUGCAGCAACAAUGACGUACACCUCACAUUCUCCGACGACAUCGAUAACACUGUUUCAACUCCUUAUGUCAGUGCUCCGUCGAGUCCCGGCCGUGAACCGCCGUACUACGGCGGAGGAUUCUUCUACAGCGCUCCGGCGAGUCCUAUCCACCACCACACGUCAUCCUGCAUUUCUUCUACUCCUCUAGAAGACGCCGGCGGCUCCUUCGAGUUCGAGUUAACCGCCGAACCAGCUCCGUUGGAAUCCAUGACCUCCGCCGACGAACUCUUCUUGAACGGCCAGAUCCGGCCGAUGAAACUCUCAUCUCACCUUCAACAUCCACAGGAACCAGCUCCGUUAAUCAAUAUUGCCGAACACGACGGUGAUGAAGACCGUACGUACGGUAGAGGUAGAGUUUUUCAGCCGCGAGAUCGACGGAGAAAAGCUAGAUCUAUGUCGCCGUUGAGAAGCAACACCGCUUUUCAAUGGCUGGAAGAAUUCAAUGACGUAAGAGAAUGUACGGAGAUCAACGAAAUCAACGAGAAAUUGACAGCUGAAGAUGAAAAUAAACAGAGAGCAGAUAAUGAACAUGAAAACGAAAACGAAACGACGUCGUCCGGUGCAUCGUCACGGUCGUCCUCCAUCGGCCGGAGCUCGAAACGGUGGAUAUUCUUGAAGGAUUUACUGUACAGAAGCAAAAGCGAAGGACGAAACACCACAAAUCGCAACAGAAACCCUAGGUUUUGGUCUACGUUAUCGUUUUCACCUACCGGUAAGAAACCGUCAGAUCCGGCGACCAGUAAAACCACCGCUGCAGCGGAUGACACCAGCACGGCGGUGGCGGAGGUAGCGCCGGCGAAAACCGCCGUGAAAAAAGCAGUAAACGGCGUAGUUACAAAACCGUCAGAUCCGGCGACCUGUAAGAACGCCGGUGCGGCGGAUGAAAGCAGUACGGCAUCGGUGAAAUCCGCCGUGAAGAAGGCGGUGAACGGCGUCGGAAUGAGUCGGAAACGGAGAGGAGGACGAUCUGCAUCGGCGCAUGAAGUGCAUUAUACUAGAAAUAGAGCACAGGCGGAGGAGUUGAGGAAGAAGACGUACCUGCCGUACCGGCAAGGGUUGUUGGGAUGCUUAGGGUUUAGCUCCAAGAGUUAUGGCGCCAUGAAUGGAUUUGCCAGAGCUCUGAAUCCUGUUUCAUCCAGGUAAUCAAAGGAUGAUUGAUUUGUGUUUAAUUGUAAUCCAUUUAUGUAUAUACGUAUAUUAUUAUGAAUUACAUGUCGUUACUAUUUUGUAUUGUUCAUCGAUUUUUUUUUAA